AAAACAUCUUGCAUUGUAAUUAGCAUAGUAGUAGCAGCGUUCGGACUCUGAGCGUUGUCGUUAUGGCAGAGUUGAACCGGCAGCUUCAGGAGUAUUUGUCACAGUCCAGAGGCAAGACCGCCCCCGCAUCGUCGCAUUCUGGAUCCAGCACCGCGGUGGAGCUCGGCGACCCCGAGCCCGUUCCUGGGAGUUGGUUCGGACGCUGGUCCAGCCCGUGGUCCGGGGGAGGCGGUUCCUCGACCUCGGCGGCUCCGAGCUCCGGCGGGAGUUGGCCGUGGUCGUCCGACCCGGACCCGUGCCUGCCGGGUGUGAGUCGUCGCCAGCGGCUAGCAAUCUCCGGGAUGUUUGCCGCCCUGUCAGCGCUGUGCUUCGGCCUGUCGGCUUUAUAUGCACCGCUGCUGCUGCUCUACGCCCGCAAGUUCGCGCUACUCUGGUCGCUUGGCUCGGCCUUCGCCAUUGCGGCCGUGGCUGUUCUGCGGGGACCCGGGAGACUCGCCGCCAGCCUGCCCGGCUCGCCCGGGGCCGCCGUGUACCUUUGCGCCCUCAUAGGGACGCUGUACGCCGCGAUGAGCCUUCACAGCACCGUGCUGACGGCUCUCGGGGCUGCCGCGCAGGUCGUCAUCCUGGUUGGCUACGUGGUGUCGCUGCUCCCUGGAGGCACCGCGGGGAUCCGAUUCGUGGGCAGCGUGGCCGCGUCCACCAUCAAAAGGACCGUGACUGGGAAAAGCAUGGUGAUCUGAGCGGAACCCAUCGGACCGGUAACCGACGACGUCACGACGUGCCAAGUGCCUUUUGCGGGGACAAAGCCAACUUGGACAAAAGGGACCCUUCACACUUCGCUUCAUACUGGCGGCCCGGACAGUGACUUGGCCAUUAAGGGACGAGAUUGAAUCACUGAAAUAAAUACAAUUAACCGCGUUCAAAUGAAGCUCGGAGUCAUUAAACGACUAUUUAAGACUCUUGCUGUAAAUGACCAUAUAGUUUUUGACUUUACAUGUACAGUAGUGCAGUUCAGCAUUGUUUAACUUCAGUACAGUAUGUUUUUUAGGACCAAAAACCUCAGCCUAUCUAUUUUUGGAUUUGAAUGUUUUCAGCUGAAUAAUUGAUUCCCAU